AUGGCGCCCACGAAACCCGCCGCACCUCAGCCCAACCCGCAGUACGUGAAGAAGCUUCGGCUGCACCACCAGCGUACGGGCGAGACCAAGCUGCCCGUGCCCGCCGUCGGCGACGACAGGGGCGGCAGCUUCAUUACCGCCGCGCCUUGCUGGCCGUGCUCGACCAACAAGACGCAUCCGGAGGAGGAGGCCAAGGGCCGCGGCCUCUUCACCCGCUUUUACGGACCGGUCCGCGGCGAUUGGUCGCAGGUUGGAGAGACCAUUGGCGGCGCCGUCUGCGCCGACGGCUUCGGCAACAGCAUCGCCAUGAGCGCGGACGGCCAGCGCUGCGUCGUCGGCACCCAGGGCAAGGUGCGCGUGCUCCAGCUCAAGGACGGCGACUGGUGCGAGCUGGGCAAUGAGCUCACAGGGCCCGGGGAGUACGGGCGCAGCGUCGCCCUCAACGGCGACGGCUCGAUCCUGGCCAUCGGCGCACCGAGCACUGAGGGCGGCAACGCCAACGAGACGGCCGGCGCGGUCUAUGUCUACAAGCUCGCCGAGUCCAACGAGUGGGAGCAGGUCGCCGAGCUUCAGCCGCAGCAGGCGGGCGCCAAGACGAAGCGCAAGUCACGGACCACCGUCGUGGAAGCCCUCAACGCCUCCUUUGGCUUCAGCGUCUCGCUCAGCAGCGAUGGCAAGCGCCUCGCCGCCUCCAGCCCCGAUGAGGGCGGCGGCGUCGUGCGCAUCUACGAAGAAGUGGAGCGCGUGUGGUCGAUCGCGACGACGCUCGAUGGGGCUGGAGAGCCCUUCGAUGUCGUCCAUGGAGACCGUUUCGGCCACCAGGUCGCCCUCUCCGCCGACGGCGACGUCCUCGCCGCUGGCGCGCCCAUGCACGGCGACGGCGCCGGCAUGGUGGCGGUGUACGAGCGCGUGUGCUCCGCCGACGAGGGGGAGGGGAAGCCCGAGUGGACGCCCAAGGGCGAGGGCAUCUUUGGCCGCGUGCAAACCGCCAUCGCCGACCCGUGCAACCCAUACGACAAGACGACCAUCGUCGACAACCUCGGCUGGAGCGUCGCCCUCUCUGGCAACGGCUCGCGCCUCGCCGCCGGCGCACCGAACGCGGUGUCGGUCUUUGAGGAGUGUGGGGAAGUCUACAAGGCGACGCCCGCUUGGGCUGCGGAGAACCAAACCUUUGACGGCAUCGCGACGGCCGGGUACGUCGAAGUGCUUGAGAUGGAGCGCGACCAGUGGCGCCGGGUGGGCGGCCUGAUUAUCGGCGACGGCUCUGCCGACAACGUCCAGGUGGGCACCUCGGUCGCCCUGAGCGACGACGGCGAGAUCGUCGCCGUUGGCGCGCCGAACAACGGGCCGACCGGCAGCCCCAUCAACGGCACGCGCGCGGCGGCGAUGGCGUACAAGGUGCAGGACAGGGCACCACCGACCACCAGCCGCAUCGGCCGGGCGGGCCCGACCUCGGCCGAGCCCAACAUCUGCAAGCGGGCUGCCAUCUGGCUGCAAGACCACGCCAACCUCGCGCCGGCCGGCAAGGAGGUUGCCUUCACCUCGCUGCUCGCGCCGGGCAGCGGGCUGUGGCGGGGCGCCUUCUUCCGCAACGUCGGCGGCGAGUACGCGGAUGCCGAGCCGAACCAGUUCGGCAAGGUUUGCGACACGCUGGGCAAGUACGUCGGCUCGGUCAAGGUUUUCGGGGCCUGCGGCCGGAACAACGGCCUCGUCGAGGUUCAGGCCGGGCCUAAGUGCUGGCCGAUUGCCUACGUGGCGGUGAUGAAGCCCGGCUUUGGCCUCGCAUACGUGCAGGCCGGCGGCAAGCUUUGGAUGCAGAUGGGCAAGCAGGAGGGAAUCCACUCGACCGACGCCUCGCGCUGGCGCUGGGGUGGCAGCGUUAGCCUCAGCGGCGACGGCAUGUCGCUGCUGGUCGGCACCGCCGGCGACGCCGCCGCCCCCGAGGCCGCGUCGUUCAAGUACACGCCGCCUUGA